AUGCAGUAUGUUGCCCCUUCUCUGGCAGCUAAGAGGAUAAUGCAGUAUGUUGCCCCUUCUCUGGCAGCUAAGAGGAUAAUGCAAUAUGUUGCCCCUUCUCUGGCAGCUAAGAGAUUAAUGCAGUAUGUUGCCCCUUCCCUGGCAGCUAAUAGGUUAAUGCAGUAUGUUGCCCCUACUCUGGCAGCUAAGAGAUUAAUGCAGUAUGUUGCCCCUUCUCUGGCAGCUAAGAGAUUAAUGCAGUAUGUUGCCCCUUCUCUGGCAGCUAAGAGAUUAAUGCAGUAUGUUGCCCCUUCUCUGGCAGCUAAGAGGAUAAUGCAAUAUGUUGCCCCUUCUCUGGCAGCUAAGAGGAUAAUGCAAUAUGUUGCCCCUUCUCUGGCAGCUAAGAGGAUAAUGCAGUAUGUUGCCCCUUUUUCUGACCGUUAA